GGAUAUAUCACUGCCGCGACUUUUUUAGCUGUUUCUCUUGUAAACUUCCUUCAUGGAGGUACUCCUACCGACUUCAUCUACAGCUUAUCUUCCACUGAAGCCUCCAAAGAUGAUGAUGGGCAAUGGAGUUAGAGCGAUAAAUUACAAUCCCUGUUCGAUAUCCGCUGAUAGGAAUCUUUCAUAUUCUUCGUUUUCUUUCCUGCCAUUUUCUGGGCGUAGGAAAUCAGUAUCAUUGAUUGUGGGGGCCUGUAACAGGGACAAAAAAGAAGAUAGCCACAGCUUCAUACCCAAACCCGACGAGGCCACAGGGUUUUUCCCUGAAGCUGUUCUCCUUAAACAGAAGAAAGUUGAGGAAGACGGGAAGGUUCUUCCAGAGUUUGCAGAUGCUGAAGAGAGACAGCUCUACGAAUCUCUGGUGCUUGAGCUGGAAAGUGAUAUGGAUGUAGAUCAAAUGCGCCACUAUGAGGUUGUUUACUUGAUUCACGAGAAGCACGAAGAAGAGGUUGCUGCUGUCAAUGAGAAGAUUCAGAACUUUCUAAGGGAGAAAAAGGGCCGAGUGUGGAGGCUCAAUGAUUGGGGAAUGAGACAACUAGCUUACAAGAUAAAGAAAGCUGACAGAGCACAUUACAUUUUGAUGAACUUUGAGGUUGAUACCAAAUACAUUAAUGAGUUCAAGAGUCUACUGGACCAAGAUGAACGAGUCAUCCGGCAUCUCGUAGUAAAGAGAGACGAGGCUAUCACAGAAGAUUGCCCUCCUCCUCCGGAAUUUCACGCUCUGCGUGCUAAUGUUGAUGAUGAAGGAGGAGAAAUUGACGCGGAAUAUGAUGGAGAUUAUGACGACGAUUGGGACGGGGAGGAAGAGAUGGAUGGCGAUGAUGGAGACAAUAUUAUCUACAUAGAUGGUGAUGAAGAUGUUGAAGCUGAUGGCAGAGAAUCUAGAGAUGAGACAUUAACCAACAUAAGACAGCCAGAAAGAAGAUUGAGAGCUGAGAAAGUAGGCAGGUAGGCAGUGGGUAGGUGUCAUUUUGUAUCCUAAAUUUCUUAGUCUUAGAGCGAUUUUACGCAUUAUGACUUUGCAUUUGUAGAGUUUAAAGUAAUUAAGAUGAGUUUUGUGUUGUUCACCCAAAACUUAAAAUCAUGAGUUGGCUGUGUUUUCGUCUAUAA